UGACGUCACACAUGCGCCCAAAACAUGUGAGGCUUGCGGAGAGUUUUCCGUUAAUUUAGUGGAGAUUUGAAGGUUAUUUUGUUUGUUGCUUUAGCGGCCACCGCAGGGAGCGGCUAGCGGGCCCAGAUGGCUGAUGCUGGCGGGGAAGCUGCAGCCUCCUCCGGGGAAAGGAGCGAGAACCGGAGCGGCACUGAGGAGCAGAGCCUGUCCAAGAGGCAGAUGAAGAAGCUGCUGAAGCAGCAGAAAUGGGAGGAGGAGAGGGAGCUGCGAAAACAGAGAAGAAAGGAGAGGAAGCAGCAGCGCAAACAGCAACGGCAGAACAUCCAGCAGGAGAACAGAGGAGACGGCCCGGGGCCCCGGAAACGCCCACGUAGAGACGUGACGCCCAGCUCUCUGAGGCUGGUGGUGGACUGCAGCUUCGAUGACCUCAUGCUCAUCAAGGACGUUUGGAAGCUCCACAAACAGAUCCAGCGCUGCUACGCCGUGAACAGACGAGCCUCGCAUCCUGUUCAGUUUUAUGUGACGAGCCUGGGAGGGCAGCUGAAGCAGAGCUUUGAUGACAAAGACAAAGGAUGGGUGAACUGGAAGGGCAUUACGUUUAAAGCGGAACACUACAGCGAAGUGGUGGCUAAAGGUGAGCUGGUGUACCUGACCUCGGACUCCCCCAACGUGCUGGAGGAGCUGGACCAAAGCAAGGCCUACGUGAUCGGAGGCCUGGUGGAUCACAACCACCACAAGGUGCGCCCCGCCUCCUGCUGCCGCCGCCAGCACAUCGGCUUUAUUCUCGUAAUUUUACGAACAUUUUUUGAGAUCAUCUUGGCGUAUCUUGAGAAGGGCGGCUGGCAGGAGGCUUUCUUCUCCAUCCUCCCUCAGAGAAAAGGAGCCGUGGCCGUCAGCCAGGAUGGAGGCGCCCCUCAGGAAAACAACGAGGAGGAGGAUGAGGAGGAAGAGGAAGGCUCCACUUCGGACUCGGACGCUGCAGAGCAAACAGAAAUCAGAGACUAAACAUGCGGGACUAAAUGGACGCCUCCCUGCAGAGUUCCAACAUCUGUUUUUGUUUCUCGUUUUCAGACGUUUUGUUUUACUGGAUAUUUAUUGAAAUGUUUAAUUUUGCUGCAGGUUAUGGAAGGAAUGAAGUUUUUAUUUUUGUUCUUCAGGCUCAUUUUCUUUACCAUCGUUGCUCUUUGGACUAAAAAGUCGGAUUUGUGCCUAAAUGAUUUGAA